AUGGAUCCAGCCGACGUCGAGGACACCGCCUUUAUCACUGAUCGAGGGCUCUACUGCUACCGGGUCAUGCCCUGCGGACUCAAAAACGCGGGCGCCACGUAUCAACGGCUGGUAAACCGAAUGUUUGUGCAACUGCUAGGCCAGUCUAUCGUAGUGUAUGUGGACGACAUGCUUGUCAAAAGUCACACCACCUGCCAACAUGUCGAUCGCCUUAAUAAAGUAUUCGCUAUUCUCCGUCAAUACAAAAUGCGACUGAAUCCAGCCAAAUGUGUAUUCGGCAUCGAAUUAGGGAAGUUCCUCGGCUUCAUGGUCAGCCAGCGAGGGAUCGAAGCGAACCCUGAGAAAAUACGGGCCCUAAUCGAAAUGGUCUCACUAGCAAACAAAAAGGAAGUACAGAGCCUGACCGGGCGAGUGGCCGCCCUUAACCGCUUCAUCCCGCAGUCCACCGACCGCUGCCUACCUUUCUUCAAAGCCAUAUGA